AUGGCAACUAGCGAAUUCUUGACAUAUAAGUAUUUCACCGCUAAUUCCCUACGUCUCGACACCGACUCUUGUCUUUUAUACUCUGAUAUCCAACGCCAUGUUAUCUGCCUCAUUCCUGCCCUUAUCUUCUUCUUCGCAUGUCACUUUAUCAACGAGACAAAGUCUUCUUGGCGAAAAUAA